AUGUCGCUUGGGGGCCCCUCCAGGCAGCAGCAGCAGCAGCAGCAGCAGCAGCAGAAGCAGCAGCAGCAUUAUUAUUUCCUGGCGCUGCUGCCGCUGCUGCUGCUGCUGCGGCCGCUGCUGCAGCCGCUGCCGCCGCCGCCGCCGCAGCAGCAGCAGCAGCAGCACGAGCCCUGGCCGGGCCCCCACACCCCUGAGCCUGCUGCUGCGGCGGCAGCAGCUUUGUCUCUAGCCACGAAGAAAAAUAUCGAACUAUAUACGGGUUCAGCAGCAGCAGCAGCAGCAGCAGCAGCAGCAGCAGAUGAAGAUGAAGAAGAAGCAGCAGCAGCAGAAGCAGCAGCAGCGGCGGUGGCGGGGAGAGUGAGGGAGAUAGAGGAAAAGCAGCAGAUACUGCAGCAGCUCGUGCAACUCUGCUGCUACAGCAGCAAACAGAUAACCAAUGCAGCAGCAGCAGCAGAAGCAGCAGCAGCAGCAGCAGCAGCAACAGCAGAGACAGCAACAAAACAGCAGCAGCACCACCACAACCAUCAGCAACAGCACCAUCACCAUCAGCAGCAACAGCACCAUCAGCAGCACCACCACCACAACAAGCAGCACCACCCUCAGCAGCAGCAGCACCACCAGCACCACCAUGAGCAGCAGCACCAUCAGCAGCAGCAAUAG